CACGCUCGAAGGCCGACGCUUUAAUUAUUCACCAAAUAUGUAAAUUUCCUUAUGGAUGUUGUAUAUUUUCUUACGCUUUUCACUUGAAAAAAGUCAGUUAGGUAUAGGGUUUUAUUUAAACUGCGCAUCUCCGAUUUUUUGGCUCUUAGGCGUAGCUUGAUCAUAUAGCCUGGAGCUCUAAAAAUGUUUUUCGUGGGCUCUUUUUAUUGUACGUACGAGCAAUUUUAGCUAGGUUGUUUUUUCCAUGGAAAAGGUGUGUAAACCGUGCGGUAUGUUUGUCAACUAUUCAUGGAAUUCAAAGACUUUCAGGAAAAUUUCAGCAAUUGAACUUGAUGACAGAAGAAAUAUCAGGAAAUAUUUUCGAGUAAUUCUCUAACGUUUCAUUAGUUUUGCCGUAAAAAAUUGGAAAAUUUGAGAAGUUUAGCAACACAGCACCUACGCACAAAUAGAGCUACUGGUACCUUUUACGAAUGUCGGAACUGGUAUGUAUUUUUUCCUUGGUGGUAUGCGCCAAAAUUCUGCUCGUAGCCACGGAAGGUGAUGAUUUGGCUAAGGAGGAGGAAUCACUUCACACGGAGAUGAGAACUCGUCUCAUCCAGUAUGGAAUAAUGCCUGACGUCCUAAAUGAGACUCCGAAACAUCUUGUGGAGGUCGUGUAUGGGGAGUACUACAAGAUAUAUUUUGGAAACAAAGUAAAUCCAGACUUCUGCAGUGCACCGCCAAAAAUGACCUGGCCAGCUGAUCCGAAGAAAUUUUACACACUCUUAAUGGUCGAUCCAGAUCAACCAUCUCGACUGACCCCGACGGAUCGAGAAUUUUUACUCUGGCUACUAGUCAAUAUACCAGGUCAAAAAAGGUUGCUGGGACACACAUGUGCCGAAUACCGCCCCCCUGAGCCUGAUCCAGGAACUGGCCCUCAUAGGUUUGUGUACGUUGUUUAUGAACAGCCCAUGGGUAAAAUCAAGUCAAAGGAGCCUUAUUCUGAUGUAUUUCAGAACGAUACAAGACAACGUUUUAACACAAAACAUUUUGCGGCGAAGUAUGAACUUGGCGCACCUCUUGCAGUUAAUUUUUUCUUUGGAGAAAAAUUCUCGGAAGAAAAUGCAACAACCUCAAAGUCAAUUACUUAAAUAUCGAUGAAUUGGAAAGCCUACAGUAUGUGCAAUGUUUGUAAAAAAGUUGUAUUAUAGAAUCAAUAUUCAAAUAGUGGA